ACACAAUCCAGCGACCACGGCAACUCACUCUGUCCGGACCUUGUUUACAGUUUCCCUCCCCCUUUUUUCUUCUCCGCGACAACGAUCAUGACGGAAACGAACGUACCCACCAUUCCGUUUCCUCUCAUUGACUUGGUCCCGAAGAAAGAAACCAACGUGCGGCGUUUUCUGGAAGCCUAUCCGGAGUACGAUGGCCGGAAUGUGAUUGUCGGCAUUCUGGACACGGGGGUGGAUCCGGGUGCGCACGGGCUCGGGACGUUGCCGGACGGCACGACACCCAAGCUAUUGAACGUUGUGGACUGCACCGGAUCCGGAGACGUCGACGUGUCGACGCAAGUCGAACUCCAACGGCAUGUAAAUGCCGACGCCGACGACGGUAGCGACGGAAACGUCCACGACGCCAACGGCAACGACACCGCUGUCGACGAUACACCCACGCCACUCACCACACCGCUUCCCCAGGUGCGAUUGGGGGUCAAGCGCGCGUACGAACUGUUUCCGGCCAAACUCCGGGAGCGUGUGCAAGAAACACGCCGGCAGGCUUUUCAAGCCCAACUCGAUCGCUAUGUAGUGGACGUCCGUCAACAGCUGGCCGCCUGGAAUGUCGCACAUCCCAAACCACCAACGUCUCCGGAAGAAGCCAAAGUACGUGACGAUUUGCAGGCUCGUUUGGAUGUUUUGUUGGACAGUGAGUGGAACGACGACCCGGGCCCACUCUACGAUUGUGUAGUCUUCUACGACGGUACUGAUUAUCAAGCUGUCGUUGACGUACACGAAACGGGUGAUUUGCGAAACGCUCAGCCCUUUACGAGCUUUGCCAAAUCUCGACAAUUUGGUACCCUGGGAACCAUUGAUCAAAUGAAUUACGCCGUACAGUUUUACAACCAAGGAACCAUACUCAGUUUGGUGACGGACGCCUCUCCGCACGGUACGCACGUUGCUGGGAUUACGGCCGCCGCCGAAGGUGAGCGCAGCGGAGUGGCUCCCGGAGCCCAAUUGGUUUCGUUCAAAAUUGGCGAUUCACGACUGGGAAGUAUGGAGACAGGAACUUCCUUGACGCGAGCAAUGAUUGAAGCCGUGCGGCACAAAUGCGAUGUCAUUAAUCUGUCAUACGGAGAGGGGUGUGCAAUGCCCAAUCAUGGUCGAUUCGUCGAGCUUGCCGAAGAACUCGUGUGGAAACAUAACGUGGUCUUUGUUUCCUCGGCGGGAAACAACGGGCCAGCUAUUUCCACGGUAGGAGCCCCGGGUGGGACGUCGUCGGCUUGCAUCGGUGUCUCCGCGUACGUGUCACCCGCCAUGAUGAAAGCUGGUUACAGCAUGCCCUACCAUACCGGUACGACGUAUACCUGGAGCAGUGUCGGGCCAACAGCAGACGGUGACAACGGUGUUGACGUGACGGCACCCGGUGGCGCCAUUACUUCAGUUUCAAACUGGUGUUUGCAGAAAUCUAUGCUCAUGAACGGUACCUCGAUGAGCAGUCCGCACGCCACGGGGUGUGUGGCACUCCUGAUUUCCGCGUGCAAGGCUGAAGGCAUUCCCGUAUCUCCGGCACGCAUCCGUCGAGCGCUACAAAAUUCGGCCAAACGUCUGCCAAACCUGUCGACGCUGCAGCAAGGAUGGGGCAUGAUUCAGGUGGAUCGUGCAUUCGAUUAUCUGCAGGCCAACAAGGACGACGACACCGAAGAUAUCUAUUUUGAUGUUCGAGUGGCCAACCGCAGUGGUUCACCUCGUGGAAUCUAUCUGCGACAAGCAGACGAAUCAGCGACUCGACAAAACUUUGCCAUUCACGUGGACCCAAAGUUUCGUCCAGAAGACGACAUCAGUACAGAUAGUCAGCGACGCAAAAUUGACUUCGAAAUGCACUUCCAAAUCGAAGCGUCCGAGCCAUGGGUGACAGUUCCCGACCACUUCAUGCUGAUGAAUAAUGGACGCACGUUCAAGAUUGACGUGGAUCCAACUGGAUUGGAGCCUGGCGUACACACGGCGAGAGUGUAUGGUCUUGACUCACGAAAGCCAAGCCGUUGCGUGGUGUUCUCGAUUCCAAUAACAGUGGUUAAACCUAUGGAGACGAAGCACGACAUCUCACUGGGCGCAUUAGAGUUCAAACCAGCCGAGAUAAAGCGGUUCUUUGUAAGGCCUCCCUUGGGAUCGACGUGGAUGGACAUUACAAUUCGUGACCUUCGAGAUGCGAAUAUAGAUGGGGAGUCGUCGACAAAGCUCAUAGUGUUGCAUACGGUACAACUGCUGCCACAUGCUGCGUAUCGCGAUUUUGAACAGCAAAAGCACUACAACCUUCGGCCCUCGCAAACUGUUGUUGCAUCCAUUGCCGUGGAGGAUGGGAUAACCUGCGAGAUUGACUUGGCAAGAUACUGGUCCACUCUCGGUACAACGAAAGUUGAUGUAGAGAUUCAAUUUCGUGGAGUUCGUCCCGUGCCCAACAAAAUGACAUUACGCUGCGGGGAGGGCGGUUCACUGGUGCGGGUACACAGCGACUUGGCGGAUGAGACCAUCAAUCCAGUCGCUAAACUAACAAAAUGGCUUACUCCGUUACGUCCCAAAGCUGGUGCCGCAAUCAAGCCAAUGGGACCCCGUGACACCCUCCCGUCACGCAACAAAGAAAUAUAUGAGUUGGUGUUGACGUACGAAUUCACUCAGGAAGAAAAAGGCUCAUUGAUUCCUCGAGCUCUUGGAAUGCAAGGGAUCCUAUACGAAUCUGUCUUUGAAAGCCAAAUAAUGCUUCUUUUUGACGGUGAAAAGAAAUAUCUCGGAGUUGCUGAUGCCUUCCCUUCAUUCUUAACGGUACCAAAAGGAUCGGUCACCAUUCGUAUGCAAAUUCGCCACGACGAUCCGUCGAAGCUCGAAAAUUUGAAAGACAUGCCAAUCUGGAUUGAACGCAAAUUGGAAAAGGAAAUUGCGUUGUCUGUGUAUUCGUCCAGAGAAGGAGUCAUGUCGGGGGCUGCUACUUUUCGGAAACGUGUGCUACAUAAAGGAUCCGGAUGCUCCGUCUUUUUCGGCGAACCAGCGUCAUCAAAGCUCCCUGCUUCUGCCAAGACAGGAGAUCUUUUGACAGGUAACUCCACUUUCGGAUCCGCCGAUGCGUCGCUCCCUGGCACCGGCAAGCGUCCCGGAGGAUUUCCUCUCGCGUACUGGAUUGGACCAAAAGCAGAAAAAACGACGACCGAUUCGGAAGCGGUUGAGCCAAAAGAUGAACGCACUCCGGAGGAAAAGAUGAACGAUGCGGUUCGCGAUUUGAAGGUCGAGCACUUGGGCAAGAUUCCUGCAACAGAUAAAGAAGUAAAUUCAUUCAAUGAGUUGUACGCCAAACUUGAACAAGAAUUCUCUGAUCACCUACCUUUGCGAAUGAUCAAGCUCAAGUAUCUUGAAUCGCGGAAGGAUCGUGUCGCAAUUUUGGACGAUAUUGUUCAAGUCAGUGAGGCUAUUGUGGGUUUGAUCAAUGAAGACGAACUUGCCCUUCACUUUGGACGAAAAAGUGAUUCUGAGGACUCAGCAGCAGUUAGGGAUCGUAACGAAAUGAAGGAAAAGAAAAGCAUCUUGACGGAAGCUCUCGCUCGCAUGGCCAUGGCAUACGCUGACAUAAAAACAGAGGAGGCCAAGCCAAAGUUUGACGAAACAUUGAAGAAAUUGAAAGCGUGGGUAGAUCUUGAUUCGACGUCGAAAUACACUCCCUUGGUACUUGAAAGGGAAGAGCGUGCGGGUCGGUACGGAAUAGUAUUGAAACUCAUCAGCAAAUUGCUAUCAAAAGAGGUAAAAGAAAAGGACUUUGUGAAACCGCUCUCCAAGCGCGAUCUACUGGAAAAGCGUGCCAUAAUCUUGGGAACGCUUGGUUACUCAAUUUUGGUGGAGCACGAUAAGAAAACUCGAGUGAUUGCCUGUCCGAAAGCGUACGCUCUUUUUUAGAAAUUUGCGGAACAGCAAACUAGUAAACAAGAAAGCAGUUAC